GCUAUUUUCUUGGUUCUUUAAAAGCUUACCCCCGAAAAUAAUAUCUCCCAAAAAAUCUUACAUCGUAUAAAAAAGGAGUCUGAACCCGGUUCCGUGAUUUUACCCGGAUCCGACUGUAAUGGCGUUACCUGGCCUGGGACCGCUUUCCACGGCGGAAACGGCGGCGUCCACGGUUUCAUCUUCCGAGGAUCCGAAUAAGAAAAUCCGAAAGCCCUACACUAUAAGCAAGUCUAGAGAGAGCUGGACUGAACCUGAACACGACAAGUUCCUCGAAGCUCUUCAACUAUUUGACCGUGACUGGAAAAAGAUUGAAGCAUAUGUCGGGUCUAAGACUGUUAUUCAGAUUCGUAGCCAUGCCCAGAAAUACUUUUUAAAGGUUCAAAAGAGUGGAACAAGUGAACAUUUACCUCCGCCUCGACCUAAAAGAAAAGCCGCUCAUCCAUAUCCUCAGAAAGCCUCCAAAAAUGCAGUUCUUGGGCAACCACAAGUAUCUGAGCCUUUGCAGUCACCUGCUGCUUUACUCGACACUGGAUAUGUUCUUAGAUCCGAUCCCUCGUUGAUGCUCGCGGACCCUGUUACUAGAGCUGCUGCUUCUCCCCAAACAAACAACGCACAAACCAUCAGUUUUGCACAAGAUAAAAAAGGUCCUGGGAUGGCCAAUAACUCAUGUAGUAGCACUGAAAGUACCCGAAAGGGGACAGAAGUUGGGGAUACAACUGAUCAGGGAAAUCAUGGUCAUGCAUUGAGAGUAUUGCCCGAUUUUGCUCAAGUAUACAGUUUUAUUGGCAGUGUCUUCGAUCCAAACACUAAGGGUCAUAUGCAGAAACUUAAGAAGAUGGAUCCGAUAGAUGUUGAAACAGUUUUGUUGCUGAUGAGAAACCUCUCCAUCAAUCUGACAAGUCCCGAUUUUGAGGAUCAUAGAAGGUUGCUUUCUUCCUACGAGAUUGACACCGAGACAAAUAAUAUUAACAGUGGUGCCUGUAAAGCUGUUGAUAACAGCCAAUCUAAACGAAUCACUUAAUAUUGAAAAAAGGGCUAACAUCAAAUGAGUUCGGAACCACGAUAUUCCAUCAGUAUAUAUACACUGCUGGUCAGAACGAAAGUAGUAAAGUUGAAAAGAGUGUACAGUGCUACCCUUAUCUUUGUUUUGAAGUUGGUAUCUAUCUUGUACAUGCUAGGUUCUUGGCUUCUUGCCUUGUGUAUUCAAGUUUUGGUUGCAUAUUUUUAUUGUGAUAUUAUGCCUAUUUUCUUAUAUAAACACAGUAUUCUCUAUGCUGCUACUAUGGAGGUAAAUACAAAUUUCAGUGUCGGUUUUUUUCC